UUAAAUAAAAAAACACAAGAGGAAAAGAAAAAAAAAAAACAAAAAAAGGAAGAAACCGAAUCCUCUUCUCUCAGUUUGUUUCUCGCGAAAACAGCUGAGAAAAUUUUCUCGAGAAAGUCUAUGAAGUGAUAAUCGGUGGUGGUUGGAGAUUUCGCGGGAGCUCAGAGGUUUAGAACCAUGACGUCCGGGACGAGAAUGCCGACGUGGAAGGAGAGAGAGAAUAACAAGCGGAGGGAGAGGAGGCGGAGAGCGAUCGCGGCGAAGAUCUUCGCAGGGCUGCGAAUGUACGGAAAUUAUAAGCUCCCGAAGCACUGCGACAACAACGAGGUCUUGAAAGCUCUCUGCAGCGAGGCUGGCUGGACGGUGGAGGAAGAUGGCACCACUUACAGAAAGGGAUGCAAGCCUGUUGAUCGCAUGGAUAUCAUGGGAGGUUCUACAUCAGCUAGUCCAUGUUCAUCAUAUCAGCCAAGUCCCUGUGCUUCCUACAAUCCAAGUCCUGCUUCAUCUUCCUUCCCAAGCCCAGUUUCAUCUCACCGUUACACUUCAAAUGGUAAUGGUAAUGCUGAUCCAAAUUCCCUAAUCCCAUGGCUUAGAAACCUCUCCUCUGGUUCAUCAUCAGCCUCAUCCAAGCUUGCCCACCACCUUUACAUUGCUGGAGGGUCGAUAAGUGCUCCAGUCACUCCACCAUUGAGCUCCCCAACUUCUCGGACUCCUCGAAAUGAAUGGGAUGACCCCUCGGCUGGCUCAGCUUGGGCUGGUCAGCGCUAUUCUUUGAUGCCUUCUUCCACUCCACCUAGUCCCAGCCGGCAAGUCCUACCUGAAUCAGGAUGGCUUUCCAGGUUGGAAAUUCCCCUAAGUGGGCCAUCAUCCCCUACAUUUAGUCUUGUCUCACGAAAUCCAUUUGGGUUCAAAGAAGAGGCAUUUUCAGCUGGUGGUUCAAGGAUGUUGACUCCUGGGCAAAGUGGAACAUGCUCUCCGGCUGUUCCUGCAGGCAUUGAUCAAACAGCAGAUAUUCCAAUGUCAGAUGCCAUUACUUCUGAAUUUGCAUUUGGCAAUAAUGCUACAGGAUUAGUGAAGCCCUGGGAAGGAGAGAGGAUUCACGAGGAAUGUGUAGCUGAUGAUCUUGAACUUACUCUUGGAAACUCAAAAACCAGAUAGAGCUUCAUGGAAGAGGGUGAGAAUAUUAUUCACAGGUCUUCAUUUGGUUUCUUCCAUCUCUUUAUCAAGAAAGAACUCAAACAUCAUGUCCAAAAUCCAAGAUUCUGCGUGUUCUGGCUGGUAACCGAGUUGGGUCAGUACAGUGAGUAGAAGCAGGCUCCCCCUUCUUCUAAGCCAAAAAAAAUUAAUUUAUAAAUAGCUCAAGCUGCCUUUUAGUGCAGUUUAUCUUCCAUUCUAUUACUAUCUUUUUUUUAUGAGUAGUUUUAGUCAUGGCAUUGACAUUGCUAUCAGUUGUUUGGUGUGAUUCCGGGUUUGUGAUUGGAUGGGAUUCGAAUGUUCAAAAUUUACAUCUUAGUUUGUUUUCUCCUGAUGCAAAUUUUUGUCGAGGUCCCUGUCUUUUCCUUUUGUGAUCUUCACUAUCCCUAGGGAAGUGAAGAAAUCACACGACACAACACAGAAAAGCACUAGCAGAUGAAUAUCUGUUUGGUUUCCAAAUGAUUCGGAUGAUGUUGAAUGGUUCUGCUUUGGGAAACAGAAUGCCAGCCCUGUGUAUCAUUUGGAGGUAAAUUGUGUGCAUUUCAUAAAUCUGUCAAUGGGACUGGUCAAAGUAUUAUUUCUUCCUUGGGAAGAAGGAAGAGCUGUAAAAAAAGGGAAAUGUCCUGAAUUGCUUGUAGUACAGUUUGUUUUCCAUGUUUAUUUAAGUCCAUUGUUCACUGUUAAGCCUGCAUUCUUGGAUUUCCAUGGCCUUUUUUCUGGGUUGAUCAAGCAAUGAUUGAUGUAGCAAUCUUUGUAUGGAGAAAGUCUUGGAUGCUUGGAUCGGAUACUGUAGCCCAUUAUAGACUUUGAGUGAUUGCACACUCAAACACAUACAUAUGCACACAUUAGCCAUGAUUACUGAGCAGUAUGGAGCCAAAAGCAAAGCUUAACCGGUAUGAUGAUGUCUCCCAAAUUGAAGACCCAUAUCUGAUCUCUGUUC